GUGAGAGGAAAAUUUUUGCACGUGAAAACAAAAGAAAUUUUAUUCGAAAUAACAUUAAAUUUAAAAAAUGAGGUAUGACAAAUCCGAUGAACAGCAGACGACUAUUCACUGUUGAUUUUGUGUAUGAACAGUUGGAGCUAAAGUCUCAAAUAUGAAAUUUCCGAAGUGUUCGUGGUAAGGGUGGUAUGAUGAGAGGGCCAUUUAAUAAACCUCAUGGUCAGCCAUUUCGUGCCUUUGUACCACACAUUCCAUUUGAUCUAUUACAGUGUGAAUCUGCCUUCCCUAAAUCAAAACCGGCUUCAGAUGAAAAAUCUUUCACAGAGGCACUUUUAAAGCGAAAUGCUGAUCUGACACCCAAUGCUGGGGAACAAGCUUCUAUAUUAGCGUUGGUUACAAAAAUACAAAGUAUAUUAGAUAACUUAGUUAUUGCACCUGGAGCGUUUGAUUCAGCUAAUAACAGCCUACCACAAAUAGAAGAAGUACGACAGGUUGGUUCCUUUAAAAAGGGCACCAUGAUGACCGGUUCUAAUGUAGCUGAUAUAAUUGUUAUGUUAAAAACUUUACCAACAAAAGAGGCAGUUGCUGCUCUAGGUAAUAAAGUUUUAGAAGAGUUGAAAGUACAAGAACCACAAGAAGUUCUAAGUAUGUUAACUAAUGAAACUGGGUUUGAGAUAAGUUCAGCAGAUGCCAGUGUAAAAUGUCUCAUAUCAACAAUUCCUCCGAAUCUCAAGAAACUAGAUCCAGAAUUACACUUGGAUGGAAAGGUUAUGCAAGGACAUCUGGCUGGUAUUCGUCAUGCCAGGUGGUUUGAAGAAAAUGCUGGACAUUCAAGUAUCAAAGUCCUUAUUCGUUUACUGAGAGAUUUACGUAACAGAUUUGAAGGUUUACAACCUUUAACCCCAUGGAUUAUUGAUCUUCUGGCCCAUUAUGCUGUUGUCAACAAUCCAUCAAGACAGCCUCAACCCAUUAAUAUAGCAUUUAAACGAUGUCUACAGUUACUGAGUGCUGGUUUCUUUUUACCUGGUUCUGUGGGCAUUACAGACCCUUGUGAACAGGGUACAGUUAGAAUACAUACAGUCAUGACCUUAGAGCAACAGGAUCAAGUAUGUUUUACAGCUCAAACUUUAUUACGUGUUUUAUCUCAUGGUGGUUAUAAACAGAUUCUGGGUAUGGAGGGUAAUUCUAGUAUAGCAACUGAGAUGAGUGUAUGGGAGGGUGUAGUAGUAACCCCAUCUGAUAAAGCCUAUGAAAAAAUAGAAGAAAAGGAAGGAAAAGAUGAUGAGGAAGGAGAUGACGAAGGAAUGGAAACUCAAGAAAAUUCUUAAAACUGGCAUGUUGAGAAAUCAUGUGGUAAUUUAAAGAAUAAGAUGAGCUCUGCUGGUGGAGAAUUAAAAAUAUUUCAUAUUGUAUAUAGUCAUGGCAUGAAAUUUUUAACAUUGUAUUAAUCAGUCAAAAUAAAAUCUACAAAAAACAGAA